UCACCGGCGCGUGCUGCCGCUGGCUGACCGCUCUCUCUCUCUCUCUUUCUUUCUCUCUCUCUCUCUCUCUCUCUCUCUCUCUCUCUCUCUCUCUCCCUCCCUCCCUCUCUCUCUCUCUCCAUCUCUCUCCCCAUCUCGCGCACCUCCACUUUCCAGCCACCUUCGAGCGACGACCAAGAAGAGACAAGACGAUAGAAGACGAAGGGGCCACGGUGAGGGGAAUACAAGCGGAACAUGGACGAAUGAUGAGAGGACGGUCAGCUGGCAGACAGACAGGAGAACCGCUGUCGCAGAGGACGAGGAGGAGGAGGAGAAGGGACGGAGGAGAGAGGCAGGCAGGCGCACACAUCUGCUGUGACUUUGGGGAUUUCUUCACCUGGAGACGACACAUUCUUCGGAUGCCAAAAUUCGCCGUGUGUGAGAGGAAUGAUUAACAUGUGUCGGAAUUACCGAGGUCGGCCAACAUGUUGUCGAGCAGCGGCUAAAACGGCUUUUUAAGAAUAUCAAUUACUGUGGCAACGGGUCCUUUAUUUUUUAAAAAAAAUAUUUUUCAUUUCAAGCAUCCUCUUGCGUGUGUUUGGCUUCCCAUGGAGCAGAGAGGAUUUGUUUUGGGGGUAAAGGAGGACGGUUUUUAGAAGGCGAUGACCCCCUCUCCUCCUCAUCCUCCCCCUCGUCCUCGUCCUCCCCCUUACAUAAAUGUUUGCGUGCCGUUAGUGCUCUCGUUCUCGGUCGACCCCCCCUCUCCCUCUGAAUAGGUUUCUGAGUCUCACACGCAGACAGACGCAUCUCAUAUGCACACAUAGACACACCUGGACAUUAUUGCACGCGCGCAAACACAAACACCUUUCAUGCAUACAUAAGUAUACAGACAGACCUCACACACCCCUCCACCAAACCCUCUCACCCCUCCUCCCCCCCCCCCCCCACCCCUCACUAUCUGAUGAGUCCCCGGCGUAGAGGUGGACGUGGUACGGAACCGGCUGUAGCAUCAUCAUCAUUACCAUCAUCAUCCUCAACACUACCACUGUCAUCAUCAUCACCAUCCUCCUCUUCCUCCUCCUCACUACCAUCACCAUGUCCUCGUCGUCGCGCAAGAUCUCCUCCGAGUCAUUCAGCAGCUCGGUGGGCUCGGACUGCGGGCUCGAAAGCCCCGGGGGAGACGGAGGGGACGGCGGCUUGGAGCCGGCGGAGGAGAGCCGAGGAGGCUGCCCCUUCUCCUCCUUCCCCUCCUCUCACAGAGCGGUCCUCUGGAACGGCCGCAGCCCCGCCGAGAAGCCGGUUUGCCCGGCGGGCGAGGAGCAACACGGACCCGGUGGACCCCACAAGAGGGUGACCAGGAGGAGACGGGUGAACCUGGACUCGCUGGGAGAGAGCCUGAGGCGCUUGACCUCACCCACGACUCAGACUGUUCAGGAGGCUCUAAAGCGAACUCUGCAAUUCUACAGACAGCAAGAGAUCAGGUGUCAGGAUGUUGGUAGUGAGGAGAGGCGAAGGGAGAAGAGAGAGGAAAAGUGUCCAUUUCUAGAAAAUUCUGGGUCAGAAGAGGAUGUCCUACAAAUCUUGCAGUACAUGGCCACCAUACUGGGAGUACCAUUCUGUGAGCUGCGAGAGCAUUUCGGAGAGGAGUUCUUUGGCCUCUGCUUUGAAGAAAAUGAACGCGUGCUCCGGGCUGUAGGCGGCAACCUCCAGGACUUUUUCAAUGGUUUUGACGCCAUUUUGGAACACAUUCGCACCUCUACAGGGCGCCGUGCCUCAUCUGAGAGCCCCUCCUUCCAGUGCAAGGAUCCCUACGAGGAAGAGACAGGGAGAAGAAAAUUGGACAAAGUUGGAGAGCGAGGACAAAGAGAUGGAAGAGGGAAGGUGUUGCUUCUUCAUUGUUUCAACCCUGCGCCUGUUGUAGGAUUGGUCAUGCCAGGGUUGAUCAGAGCUGUUGCCAGGCGGAUCUUUCAUUCAGAAGUUGAAGUGGAAGAGGUACCACCUCUAACUCCAUUGUUGCCCAAUGAAGAUGCAAAACACACAGACGGUGACUCUGUAACCCCAACUCCGACGGCGUCCCCCUCUGCGUCACCCUCCUCCUCCCCAUCUCCUCCCUCUCCUUUCCCAACCUCUGCUCCCACGGUUUGCCUGUCCUUCCAAAUCCAGGAGACAUCCCCUCCCUCCUUCUCCUCUCUCCCAAACUCUGCCUCAGUGUGCUCCAAGAGGCCUCCCCUCUCACUUUCCACCAACCCCAGUGAUCUGCGCAUUGGCCUGGCCACGUUUUGCCGUGCCUUUCCAUUUCACCUUGUUCUGGGACCUCGCAUGGAGCUACUGCAGCUUGGAGAGGGAUUGAGGAGGCAGGCUCGCAUCGAGCCUCACCGGAGUCUCUCAUUCAGGGACUGUUUUGAGAUUGUCUCACCCAAGAUGGAGCCUUCGUUCCAGGGCAUCCUGCUGAGGCUUGCAUCACCAUUUACCAUUCGUACCAGGCCCGACACCACACAGGCUGGCACCAAGGAGAAGGUCAUGGAGUUGAAGGGUCAGAUGAUCCACGUGCCCGAGUCCUGCUCCCUGAUGUUUCUGGGCUCGCCACGUGUUGAUAAGUUGGAGGAGCUGAUGGGCAGGGGCCUCCACCUGUCAGAUAUCCCCAUCCAUGAUGCCACGCGGGACGUUAUCCUGGUGGGGGAGCAGGCCAAGGCUCAGGAUGGCCUCAAGAAGAGAAUGGACAAACUGAAGGCCACAUUAGAACGGACUCAUCAGGCGCUGGAGGAGGAAAAGAGGAGAACUGUUGAUCUCCUUUAUUCCAUAUUUCCGGGUGAUGUGGCCCAGAAACUGUGGCAGGGUCAGCCAGUGCCCGCUCGCAAGUUUGAUGAUGUCACCAUGCUGUUCUCGGACAUUGUGGGCUUUACUGCUGUGUGCGCCCAGUGCACACCUAUGCAGGUCAUCUCCAUGCUGAAUGAGUUGUACACGCGCUUCGACUACCAGUGUGGCAUUCUGGAUGUUUACAAGAUCGAGACAAUAGGUGAUGCCUACUGUGUGGCAGGAGGACUUCACAAGAAGGUUGAUAGUCAUGCGAGGCCAAUUGCUCACAUGGCUCUGAAGAUGAUGGAACUUUCUGAAGAAGUGCUGACACCUGAUGGAAAACCUAUCAAGCUAAGAAUAGGUAUCCACACAGGUUCGGUGCUGGCAGGUGUGGUUGGAGUGAAAAUGCCGCGUUAUUGCCUGUUUGGGAACAACGUGACACUGGCCAGCAAGUUUGAAUCAGGGAGCCAUCCGAGGUGUAUAAAUGUUAGUCCCACGACUUACCAGUUGCUGAAAGACGACCGCUCUUUUUCCUUUGUCCCUCGUUCACGGCUGGAGCUCCCAGAGAAUUUUCCCAAAGAGAUCCCGGGAACCUGUUACUUCCUGGAGGCGGGGACAUCUCACAGCCAUGCAUCACUGACCAGCUCUCGCUCCGCUCCCCCAGCCUCUAUGAGGAAAGUCUCCUACAGCAUCGGGACCAUGUUUCUAAGAGAAACAAGUUUGUAGGUCCCAUACACAGACAGGAGACAUGAAUAUUCAUGAUGUAAGAGGCUGGAUUUGAACCUGCGGUACAUGCAGGACACCAAUCGCACGGAUCUAUGGAUAUGCAAAUGCGUUAUGUGAAAACUUGGAGUCAGACCUGUGGGAUGGCCUGUAUGAAGGAAACAUAAAAAAGGCUUCUCAUCAAAGGGUAAAAGAACAACAUGCCCUCCUGAGCAAGGGAGAUAUGGUUCAAAAGACUUGAGGUACAGCAACUGUGCAAGUCCCACAUGGACCCUUCCCCAAGGAGGUUCAGUGAUGGGGUUAAUUAGUGGAGAAACGUUAAUAUAAAACUUUUUGAUCUUGCUGGUUCCCUCAGCUCUAGAUCUGACAUCUAGCUCUCUUCAGCAGUCCUCUGUGUACGACUGGUUACCUAACCCUGGUCGAGAGGCAACAACGCUUGGACAAAACCUGUAGGUGGCUCAUUUAAAUAACCAGUGUUGCACUCAUUAGCAAUGGAAUUGCGCAAACUGAACAAAUCCAUGAUCCAUUAACAAAAUGGGUGCUGAGGAAUGACGUUAUAUGAAUAACUGUGGGAAGAUGGCAAAAUUGCCGUACAUGUUUGCUGUGCAUCAUGGCCUCUUGUACAAGGAAGACCACAACUGUUGUACAAGGAAGACCACUACUGAAGAACAAUACAACUCCCUUUCCACCCCUUCCAACUGUCCUUCAAUCAUGUCAUGCUUUACUAAACGUACCCCUAAACAUCUGCUGCUCAUUACAUCAACACUUCCAUCCUAGGACCAGUUGGUCGGGUGGGGGAGAGACAGAUGAGAGGUAUAAACAAGGAGAUACAGUAGGUUUGAAAAAGGGUCAUCAAAGGACAAAUGCCAAAAAACGCUAGAACUAAGCUGAUCUUAGAGCCCUUUUUCUGCUUUUAACCCACAGCAAACUAUAAUCGACAAAAAUCCAGCCAUUUCAUUGCAGGUAAUAUGUUUAGGACUGAAAAUUAUUCUCAGCUCAGUGCCUUUUUACUGCUCAAAUCAGGACAAAAUACAGGUUUCAUUUCAAAUAUUUGACAAAUAAAGGGAGCACUUCAUUCAUCUUA